CACAAUUCCAUUCCUAUUUCUCUAUCGAAUCAUUCGUGAAUCAAUUCAUUGGCGAUUAUUGAUGGCUAUUCUAUUCAAGAGCUGGUCAGGUGUACCCCGAAGGAACUUGCAUUCUAAUCAUCGUUGUGAUAGUAUUGGCCAAUGUACCUUGAGCAAAUUGCCUAUGACAACUUUUAUACCCAAUCUGUUUCUGCCGCAUCAGAAGCGACUAGAUGGGCACCGAAGAACCAAGAGAAACUCUCUGUUGCCUUUACUUGGAACGAGACGUGUAAAAACUACAAAUAUACCGUUUUCCAAUAUUUCACUUAAAAAAGCUGAGAUAUUAGCAACGUUCGAUACUGAAACAACAGUAACUGCUGUUAACUACGGUCAGAUAUUUCUGGGCGGUAUUUCUAUUGCAGUAGGUUCCUUGUUGGCUGCUGUUCUAACUGGCAUUAUAGCAAACAGUCGCUAUGAAGAGGUACGUAUUUCUUUCAAAAUAUUUCUUUUUGAAGCUCUCUUGAUAACAAACGAUACUGAACCGUGUCCUAUACAGUUAGAGAAGGAGGUCCUUGAAGACGAAGAAUAGUAACCGAGUUCCAAUUGGAACAA